AUUAAAACAGUACUGUUAAGUGUUUACAGAAACACCAAAGUCCAGACCAGAAAAACUAUGGCGACUUUGGAUCCCGAUGUACCGAUGAUUCCGGCCGGCGAUGGUCCCUCAUCUUCCUCUUCAUGUUCAAAAAAGACGAAACACUUCGAAAUCAAAAAGUGGAACGCCGUCUCUCUUUGGGCAUGGGAUAUUGUUGUUGAUAAUUGUGCUAUCUGCCGUAACCAUAUUAUGGAUCUAUGCAUAGAGUGCCAAGCCAACCAGGCUAGUGCCACCAGUGAAGAGUGUACUGUUGCUUGGGGCAUUUGUAACCAUGCAUUUCACUUUCACUGCAUCAGCCGAUGGCUCAAGACUCGUCAAGUGUGUCCGUUGGAUAAUAGUGAAUGGGAGUUCCAGAAGUACGGACAUUAGAAUAUGCGGCACGCCAUUUUUGUUUAUGUGGGGAAGAUAUGAAAACCUCUCCUUCCUUCUAUAUGAUUUGUUAAAUCAAAUACUUAUCCAUUAAUUUUAUAGAAGUAAUUAAAUUUAGCUGUAUGGUUUAGGAUUAACAUUUGAUACCUAAUGGGGAUCUAUAUGUUAGGUUUAUCAGUCUGUUGGUAUCAAUCAGUCUCCGUCUUUAUAGCAGGCAUGCUUUUUAUCAGAUUUAAUCUCAUUCUCUUGAGCUUGGAUUAA